CGUGACGCAGGACUUCCGGGAGGCGGCAGAUUCGUUUGCUACCCAAACUCAAGCGGGAGGAGGAAAACAAACCCCUGAACAAAGCCCUAACUAACGUUUCCAGAGGACUUGGUUGGGAGCGAUAGUUUAGUGGAGCGCUACAGGUCUCGAUGGAUUCCCCAAGCCCCGAGCACCCAGCGUCCUCGCUGUCUGAAGAGGUCACACCCAUGCGUCUACUCAGGAUGAAGGACAUGAUGGCUAACCAGUGCUUUGACAUGAAUGUUAAGGUCAACAUGGGAAGACUGAAGAGAUCAUGUGGCACAUUUGAUGCUGAUGCAGAUCUGUCCAAAUAUGAAACUGCAAUAGAGCAGGCGAGACUCUCACAUUUCAACAAAACCCUGGCAUUAAACAGAAUGCAAGUUUGGAACACAGUCACAGAGAAGCUGCUCCAGAAUGAUGCUGAUGCUAUGGCAUUAAAGGCAAUGGUUGAUGAAAAUGCAGACCUCUGUGAAAAGACAAUGAAAGUUAUUAAAGAAACACGUACACUUCAAGACCAAAUCACAGACAUUCAAAAGGAGCGACUUGAGCUGAAAGGGCUUAUUAAAAAGAGGAUGCAGGAGAUAAAUGAGCUGAAACAGACGGGGGAGAACCAGGGGCAGGCACAGAAACAGGCGGUUGAGAGAGCUGAGGCCGUCUUCCAGAAGUACCUGAAGAUUGCCACCAUUUCUCAGAACGUGCUCAGGGCAAUCAUUAUUGCUAGCAAGGUGAACUGGAUUGAUGACCCUAAAUUGAGAGACAUUGCAAUGGGAUUGGAAACAGUCCCUAACUGAAGACCAAUUUGCAUCAAUCUACUAAUGAGCAAUGCCAUACAGUAAAUUGUGUUCUUGUAAUAUAACCUCUGUAAAUAUUGACUUUUGUAAUGCAGGAGUGAAAUGCAUUUAUCAAAAUUAUUAAAGCAGUAUCACAUAUCUAUAGCAAA